ACUCGGUUUCAAAAGUCAAAACCUUGAUAAAACCAAUUGCAAACUGUUUCUCUCUAACUGCACUAUAAAUGGGAACAUAGCCUUGUCUAUUUCUCUUGCACACAACACAAUAGCCUUUUCUUUCUUAGCAACCCAAAUUCAUUUCUCUUUUAGUACUGUUCCACAUUUGUUUCUUUUCCUGGUGAAAAUGGCAGGGACAUUCAUAUGUACACUUUUCAUGACUUUGCUAUUUGCUGUUUCGGCAUUUGCUAAUUUUCAUCAUUCCAGGUCACCAGAAGUUUUCUUCCAAAAUGGGAACUUUGAGGAGAAGCCAAACCCAAGAAACCUAAAGAAAACAAGACUUAUAGGGACACAUGCACUUCCCAAAUGGGAAAUCAAUGGUCUAGUUGAGUACAUCUCUGGAGGACCCCAACCAGGAGGAAUGUACUUCCCAGUGACACAUGGAGUUCAUGCAGUUAGGCUUGGAAAUGAAGCCUCCAUCUCCCAAACCAUUAAAGUCAAACCUGGUCAAUGGUAUGCUCUGAUAUUAGGAGCCACAAGGACUUGUGCUCAAGAUGAAGUAUUGAGAAUCUCAGUACCUUCACAAUCUGGUGAUGUUCCUUUGCAAACACUCUAUAGCCUCAACGGCGAUGUCAUUGCUUGGGGAUUCAAGGCUAGUUCUUCUACUGCAAAAGUUACUUUCCAUAACCCUGGUGUUCAAGAAGAUCCUACUUGUGGUCCACUUUUGGAUGCUGUUGCUAUUAGAGAGUUCUACCCUCCAAUGCCUACAAGAGCUAAUUUGGUGAAAAACCCUGGCUUUGAGGAGGGUCCAUUUCCGAUUUUCAACUCAACCAAUGGUGUUCUUCUCCCUCCAAAACAACAAGAUCUUGUGUCACCACUCCCCGGUUGGAUUAUUGAAUCCCUCAAAGCAAUUAAGUUCAUUGAUUCAAACUAUUUCCAAGUACCGUUUGGACACGGAGCAGUUGAGCUUGUUGCAGGAAAGGAAAGUGCCAUUGCGCAAAUUUUAAGAACAGUUCCAAACAAAGUCUACAACAUGAAAUUCACAAUUGGUGAUGGAAGAAAUGGUUGUCAUGGAUCAAUGAUGGUUGAAGCUUUUGCUGCAAAAGAUACUCUUAAAGUUCCUUUCAAAUCUGUAGGAAAGGGAACAUUCAAGACCGCAAGUUUCAACUUCAAAGCAGUUUCAGACAGAACAAGAAUCACAUUCUAUAGCGCUUUCUAUCAUACAAGGAUUGAUGAUUUUGGAUCUCUUUGUGGCCCGGUUCUUGAUCAAGUUAUAGUAUCCCCAGUUGCCUAAACUAUUCUUCUGUCACGCGUUGCGAUUUUAUUUCAUGCUUUGUAUAAUUUGUGUGAAGAUGAGUUUUUUUCUUCAUCUUUUUAGUCUUGUGACCAAAUUUGUUUUCCUGUAUACAUGAGGCCAAUUUUAAUAUGUUCAUCUCAAACUUUGAUAUAAUGAUAUUUUCUUACGACAAUAAUACUACAUCGACACUGG